AUGUUGAGCUGCCUUUUCCUCCUGAAGGCAUUUCUUGCUCUUGGGUCCCUGAUAUCCUGGGUGGCUUCUGGAGAGCAUGUGAAAGAAGGAGAAUGCCCUCCUAAUAAGAACCUGUGCAAAGAGCUGUGCUGGGGGGACGAAUCAUGUCCGGCUGGGCAGAAGUGCUGCAGCAACGGCUGUGGUCGGGUCUGUCGAGGAGGCAUUCCGAAGGGGAGGAAAGGAGAUUGUCCCAGGGCUGUUCGGAAACAAUCCUGUUUCCAAAGGUGCGUCACUGAUGAGACUUGUCCAGGUAGAAAGAAAUGCUGCGCGUUUGGCUGCAACAAGAGCUGUGUGGUCCCAGUCUCUCAACCAAAGCUGGCAGAGCCUGGAGGUGAAUGUCCGGCUGACCCCCUUCCGUGUAAGGAGCUGUGUGAUGGGGACGUGUCCUGCCCCCAGGGGCUUAAAUGCUGUAGCACCGGCUGUGGCCACUCCUGCCGUGGAGACAUUAAGGGAGGGCGGAGUGGUGAUUGUCCAAAUAUUUUGGUGGGCUUGUGCAUCGUCAGUUGCAUGACGGAUGAGAACUGCCAGGCCGGGGAAAAGUGCUGCAAGUCAGGCUGCGGCCGCUUCUGUGUCCCACCAAUUCUGCGAGCCGAACUGGCCACAAACCCCAGCUGGACUCUCAGGUCUGAUUCUGAAUUAGAGACCCGGGUGUCCUAG